UUCUUAAUUACUCAACAUUCAUUAUUAAACAAAAUGAUUUUUCUUUUAUUUAAGCUUCAAAAUCUCAACUGAGGCGCAAAUAAAACGAAAUUACCACAUGAAAAUUAACAGCAGAAAAAUAUACAAUGCGUGUGCAUCAGUUUGUUAAGUUAUAUUUUCUUGAAUAAAGUUGGCAGCCAGUACAUCUUAUUUUAAUGGACGUCAAAAUACCAUCUCGUGAACAAAAAAAAACGAAUUCAAAAUCUUCUGAAAACAAACAACUAUUCUCAAAUUGUGUGCGUUUUUAAACUAUCGAACUGAGACCAGAACUUAUGGCGGAUGAUUUACAUCAAUUCAAUCGUGCGUACUGCUGCCAAUGCCUGGAGAAAUUGAAGUAUGACAUUCGGAUAUUGCCCUGCAGGAAGCACCGGAUAUGUGGCCUCCAGUCUGGUAAAAGUUGUCUGGCCAUAGUUCUGGCACAAGCAGAGCGAAGGUGUCCCUCAUCCGACUGCGGCGUGUUGUUUCCGGCGACGAUGAACAUAAUUAAUCUCCCAAAUGUUAACUCACCUGUCAAUCCCGAUAGAAACAAGAACACGUAUCAACAAGCAGGACCGACAACUUGGUUAUACAAUGGACGAGUUAUCAAGAAGGAAAAGAUCGCAUCUAAUCCUGAUGAAAAACAUUCCUCGCCCACUCCGGUGGGUUCUUCGGAUUCAGAAGCAGAAGUAUCACAGCUUUGGGUUAAAACCAGAACAGAAAAAGGACCUGGCUCAGCCUACCUGGUAGAUGACGUCAGAAUGAAUGGUCGAAAGAAACUUCUAGUGAUAGGUAAAACUGGAACGGGUAAGAGCUCGCUCUGUAACGUUCUAACAGGCGUCGCUCAUGAUGCUAGUGUGUUCCCAGUAUCUUCAGGAGCUGAAAGCUGCACCCUCAAAACCCAGAUGGCAAAUGUGUUCUACAAUGGAGAAGGUGAGAAACCAGUGACCCUCAUAGAUACCGAAGGAUUCGACGCUACAAACGAUCUUGAGAACGAUGCAAGAAUUAUAGGAGAAUUGAUUGCAACUUUGCAGAAUAAAUGCGACUAUGUCAAUGUGUUUUGCAUAGCCAUAAACGCAAACAAUCGGAGAUUAGAUGGAGCUCUUGUCGGGAUGAUGAAGGUUUUUGAACAGAUGUUUGGCCACGACUUCUGGGAGCAGGUCGUUAUUGUUUUUACGCAAUUCGAAAUGUCUCAGAAGGCUAUAAGGCGUAGACAGAAAAAUAACGAGAACCAGACCGCUCAAGAACUCGCCGAUGGUUAUAUUAAAACUUUGCGCUCUAAAUUUAAGAACGCUGGCAAACCGAGGUGUUUGUUCAUCAACUCACAAAGAGACGAUGGAGACAACGACGAAGAAAAAGAGUACCAGGAGGCAGUUGAUGAGUUAUAUGAGCUGCUAGACAAAUCACCCUCCCUCGAUACCAAAGAGUGGGCAAACGAAAGAAAAUUAGUCGAAGGAAGAAAUAAAUUGCGAAGAAAUCUGAAAGAUAUAGAUGAGGCCCAGAAGCACGAGGAGCUUGAGAGGCAAGAGCUUCGUGAGAAAUUGCAACAAGAUUGCUGGAAACAAGUACCAGAAGACUACCGCAAACUUUUGAAACAAAUUAAUGACAACUACGAAGAAACCAGUAAGUCUGAAAAAGAAAUAAGAGAUGAAAAUAAACGAGCAGUCGAAGAGAUUUGGGCAUCUCAGAAGAAUGAAAUAAAAAAUGAUGCUGAAAUGAAUGAUCAAAUUCUCGCAUUACAGCAUGACAAGAAUAGGCUGGAAACUGAGCUGAAAAAAAAUGCAUCAGAGAUUGAGAGUCUCAAAACGGUUAUCGAGAAACUAGACAACACAGUCCGGAUAAAAAUGGAAAAAGCUUCAGUCAAUGAUAGAAAUAGAAGGCCACAGAUGGCGAAAGUUCGACCACCGACCGCUAAAAGCAGAGCUGAUCAAAUCGAAAUGCCAGAAUUACAGAGCAUGCAAGCCAGCGAAGAAGAACUAAUUGAAAAGGAAAAACAGAACAGGGAUCUGCUUCAUAAAGCAAAUGUCCUUUAUGACCGUCAACGAGCCCUGGAAAUUCUCAAAAAGAAACAACAGGAUAAAGAAGCACUAACCGGCGAAAAACUUCAACAAGUGAGCAUCAAAAGAUUAGAGGAGGAAGCCAAAUAUAAAAAAGGGUUGCGUCAAUUAUUAUUGUUAAACCAAUAUUCAGAUAAAGAACUGCUUAAGGGAUGGCAAAAUGCCGCUUUAAAGAUCCUACAGGAAACCAAAGGUCCUAAUAUGACCAAAGGAAUGAACAUCCGGGAUUUCCUUGCAGAUACAUAUCAUGGAUCUACUUGGUUUGUGUACAUAAUCAAUAAAAACGACAAGUGGGUGCACAAAUUCAACAGUGGCACUAAAGAGUGCUGGAAAUCUGAUCCCAAAAACACUGGAUGUCCCAAAUCUGGAACACCGUGUGAUCUGCUUAUUUGGGGAAAACUUCUCGAACGCGAAGAACGUUAUUCUUCGAAUUGUAAUUGGGAGAACGUUGCCAACUCAAUUGUUGAACAUGCUCAGGAUAAAGAGUCUGAAACUGAAGCAAUUGCUUACAUCGUAGGGAAACUUGAGGAAAAUCGCGUACCGUGGCUGCAAGUUCUAGUAGCACCCUACACAUCGGUCACUAGAGUGUCAUACUGUCAUGAAAACUACUGCUUCACGCAUCCAAUUGGUGGUGGAUCGUUCAAGUUCUUUAUCGAGGUUUACACAGGGGGCUAGAAGACUGAUUCAUUGGAAGAAACUUGUAACCUCACACUGUAAAUAAUAUAGCUAAAUAAAUUCAAAGGAUUUGGAUUGCAUAAAUAUUUGGAAUUUUGCAAUUUGUGAGUAAAUAUAAUCUUCUAAUUAAUUUUCCGCUGAUCA